AUGACGACAUCCUCGAGCAAGAACCGGUUUCAAGACCUUUCGUCCGAAGGCCGAGUGGAGAACGACGUCUUCGAAGACGAUCCAGACCACGAGAUCCGGUACAAGACGCUCAGCUGGCAACUCGUCAGUGCCCUGAUGAUAGCGGAGAUUGUCAGCAACGGGAUGCUCACUCUCCCAAAUGCCAUGGCCGCCGUCGGCAUCGUGCCAUCUCUCGUCCUGACCAUCUUCCUUGGGGUCUUCGCCCUCCAUACGGCGAAACUCCUCAUAGAUUUUAAGCUCAAUCACCCCGAAGUACACAACAUGGGUGAUGCGGGUAUGAUUAUUUUCGGCCCCCUCGGUCGUGAAGUUCUUUCGGCUGGGACGAUUAUUUUCGCUAUAUUCGGAACGGGCUCCGAGCUGCUCUCAGGACAGCAGGCGCUCUCGACCCUGUCCAACAACGGACUUUGUGCGACGGUGCUCCUCGCCAUCUUCGCGAUCGCCACCUUCGUGCUGUCGCUCCCUCGCACGCUUGGACGGUUGUCCUGGCUAGGCCUCUUUAGUGCGCUCCUCAUCGCAAUAUGCGGCUUGCUAGCCAUGGUCGGCGCUGGCGCAAAUCCCGUCCGCGAUCGCGUCAUCGUCGCCUCGGUCCCAACGAACUUCUACCAAGCCUUUUUGGCGAUAACCGGUCCAGUGUUCGCGUAUGCAGGGGGAACCGGGGAUGACAGGUUCUUCAUCCUUAUUUCAGAAAUGCGUAGACCUCAGGAUGCCAUGAAAGCCGCUUGGCUGCUUCAAGGAUUUGCUACGACCUUCUAUGCGGUUUUCAGUGUGGUUGUCUACGUCUACAUCGGAAACGGCGUUUUGUCACCCGCGCUCUUCUCCCUCCCACCCGUCUGGUCCAAGUUAACCUUCGGGAUCGGCCUGGUCAACUUUCUCAUCGCCGGCGCACUUUACUCGCACACCGCCGCCAAACUCGUCUUCGUGCGCUUUUUCCGGCACUCGAGGCACAUCUACACCCACACCGCCCUAGGCUGGACCGUCUGGACCGCGCUCUGCUUUGCCGCCACCGCCGCCGCGUUCGUUCUCGCCAGCGCGGUCCCCAUCUUCUCCUACCUGACCGGCAUCACCGCCUCACUCUUCGCCGCCUGGUACACGUAUGGCCUCGCCGGCUUCUUCUGGCUCCACGACACGUACCAUCAGGCCGAGCCGCAAUACACGGGCGGGGUCGGGGGGUCGGGGAUAGCGGCGCUGAGGAAGCGGCCUGUCGGUACGGUCUCGGCGGUCUCGACGGUGCUGGCAGGGGCGUUCAUCUGUGUCGCGGGAACGUACGUUUCGGUCAAGCUGAUUGUUCAGGCCUACGAGGAGGGCAUAGUCGGUAAGCCAUUCACGUGCUGA